GCAGGACAAUCCUAAAUUCCCAGGGAUCCUGGCAAAGCUGGAAGAGGGGCCAAUGUGUCAGCGCUUACCUCUCACCUCCUUCCUCAUCCUGCCCUUCCAGAGGGUCAUGCGCUUGCAGAUGCUGGUGGAGAACAUCCUGAAACGCACGUUGCAGGGCUCCCGGGACGAGGCCACGGCCACCAAGGCCUUCAACCAGCUCAAGAAGCUCGUGAAGGAAUGCAACGCCAGCGUCCAGUCCAUGAAGAGAACCGAGGAGCUCAUUCAUCUGAACAAGAAAAUCCACUUUGAAAGUAAGAUCUUCCCGCUGAUCUCGCAGUCGCGCUGGCUCGUGAAGCACGGGGAGCUGGUGGAAGUGGACAUGCAGCUCAUCAGCACCCUCGCCGCCAAGUUCAAGCUCUCCACCAAGAUGGUGUAUCUCCACCUCUUCAACGACUGCCUCUUGCUCUCCCGGAGGAAGGAGACGGGGAAAUUCGCCGUCUUUGUUCACGCCAAGAUGCCGGAGCUGAAAGUGACCGACCUGAGCAGGAAGCUUCACGGGGUCCCGGGACAAAUCUUCCACCUCCAGCUCUUCGACAGCCUGCGGCUGAAGCACCAGGUCUUGCUGCGGGCACAGACUGAGAGUGAGAAGCAGCGGUGGAUCUCGGCAAUGGUCCCCUCCAGCCCCCAGACGGACAGGGAGCAUGUCACCGAGAACGCAGAUACCGCCCAGGUCCAGUGCAUCAAGGCCUACAAGGCCCAGGAGCAUGACGAGCUGAGCUUGGAGAAGGCGGACAUCCUGGGGGUCAAGACGAGGACCAGCGACGGCUGGCUCGAGGGAAUCCGCCUGUCGGACGGGGAGAGGGGCUGGGUCCCUCAGGGGCACGUGGAGGAGAUCACCAGCCGGGGUGCCCGGCUGCGCAACCUGCGUGAGAACGACCGGCUCAAGCAUGCCACGCGCAAGCUGGAGGAGGAGCAGGCAUGAGCCAGCCCGGGUGCCGGCCGGGAGAGACUCUGGGAACACAGCCGGAGCCCUGCGGCGUGGGCAGGACCAUGUACACAAUGCUGGGGGCAGGGCUGCCGAGCCAGCGUCCUGGGCACACCCACUGAACUACACCGGGCGACGGCAGCAACAGGUGGCCGAUCUCCCACGGUCUCCACGCUCCCCACCGCUGACUCAGGCUCCAGGGAGGGAACGAGGCCCCGGGAACCCUCUCCACAAACAGACCUGCUGUUCCGUGCUCUCUACGUGGUCUCCUGGCUGCUCUGGGUGGGAUCCUGGCCUGGUCCCCACGGGCACGGCCAGCCGGGGGUAACCAUCUGGCAAUGAAUUCUCUGCCUUGGCCCCUGUCCGAAACAGGAUACUGGCCGAGGGGGACCCUUGGCCUGACCCAGUGCGGCCGUUCGUGUGUUCAGGCUUCCCCCACUCAGAGCAUCAUCUGCCUGGAGCGCAGGGACCAGCCAGGCAAGCGUCUCCCCAGCUGGGAUGGGCACCUCGGUGGGGGGAGCAGCGCGCCACCUCCACGGCCCCCAGGCUUCUCAGGGGUAGGGUGGGGGCACGUUCCCACCGCUGCCAGCCUGGGCCAGCAUCACACCAGGGAAGAGGGACCCCAUUAGUGAUCCCCGGAGCUGCCCAUUCUUUGAGGGGGGCUGCAAGGCAGGGGGUUGCCCCCCAAACAGCAUCGCCAAAGCUGGGCUUCAGGCCCCUCUCCUUCCCUGGAGGUUGUACUGCUCUGCCAGCCCGGGCACCGCUGGCCCGGCACGCUGGCCCCGGCGCUCCCCUGCGAUGGCCUGGGGAGCACCGCAAAGGAGCCAGGGUGGGAACAGCCCCCGCU